AUGCUAUGCGCUAUGCGUGAAGUGUACUGCGGCACCACCGUCUCCCACCCCAGUGAAGCCUCUCGAAAGCUGAAGUAUUUGAAGAGCUCGCUGUUGGACGACUUCCGGCUCUCUUUUAACAAAAAAGAAAUUGGAGUGUGGCUGUACCUGCGUUCCGCUAAAGUCCCAGUUCAUAAUGUUCAGUUCAGUGCCUUCUACGUCCGACUAGAUUUCGUGCAGGAACUGCUCUCUCUAGGUCAGACUAUCGGCGUCACAGUGGCGGGCCCUCUUGCGUGUCUGAUUGCCUUUCUUCUCGUCUCAAUUACCGUGCAUGCCGCCAAUAUCGCACUGGUUUAUCAAUUUUGUAGUGCACUUGGGGCCGCCACUGCUCUCAAUCCUGUUCUUAUGGCCGUUAUUGAGGGACUGAGCUCAAAUCUGAGUGGCAUUUCCUUCGUGCUUUCUAACUACUACAUCAGGGAUGUCAAUAAUGGCACACUUGGAGUCAUGAUUGCUCUCCUUAUUGACUUGGCGUUCAUUGGGUGUAGUAUGUUAGCAUACUACAGCUACGCAAUUUCGGUUCAUCACCAUGGGCAAGUGAAGGAUACGCACAGGAGACUUACAGGGGAUGCAUCACUGUUUCGCUUGCCACUAGAUACUGAGGUUUCGGAGCGGCACCCUGACGGCACUAUUGUGGAAGUCGUUGGAAGCCUUCCAGAGCGGCAGUACCCAUCACAGGGAGCAGUUGAUCAUAUCCAAUCUUCAAAGGAGCCAAAUGAAGAGGGUGUUCCUCCAGAUCGGGAAAACAAUGCAUCAUGA